GGCAACAAUCCCUCUCUUUAAUGUCUCCCAGGUUAUUCAGAAUUAGUUCUCAUGUCAGCAGAAAGCUCGACCGUCACAGUUCGUCUUGUGCGCUCUUUUGAGCACCGUAAUUUCAGACCUGUGGUGUACCAUGGCGUCCCCUUGGAUCAGACAGUGAAGGAGUUCAUCGCUUUUGUGCGCAAGGAUGUGUCUUCAAGAACAGGACUUCCUCCUCCUUUUAAAAAUUACAAGUAUGAUACAAUGAAGAUUAUUCACCAAGCACACAAAUCUAAGACCGGUGAACUUGUAGUGAGUUUGGAAGAUGAUGACAAACUGAUUUUGAAGGAAGACAGCACGCUGAAAGCAGCUGGAGUAGCAAAUGAGACGGAAUUAGCAUUCUUCUGUGAGGAAGAUUACAGAAACUACAGAGCUAAUCCUGUUUCGGCCUGGUGAAGAUCCCAAGAGAUUGUUUUGUUUUCCCAUACCUGUUGUAAAUUUUCCUUAUUCUGCUUAAUGAGAUUUUUCUUAAAGAUCAAUAAAUCCUAGAGGAUUUCUUUGCAAACAGUGCAAUUCCCUUCCUAUAGAAAUUAAUUUCUGUCAAUAUGCUGAGGCUGAGAGAAGAAAAACUGGGGGACAUAAAUGACUUUUUUCUUCCUCCCUUUUCUUUUUGCUGUGCUUGGCUCUUGAGCCUCAGGCAGUGCCAUCCCUGACCCGUGACACGUUCUUGGUGUGAUCCCACAGCAGACAGUUACUGCAUAUGGAAAUUAUAGAAUGCACAGGAUGAUCCCAUCACAGUACUAACUUCUAAUGAAAAUGAAGUGAAACCUCCUUCAAAUGAAAUGAAAUGUUUUAUGACCAAAUCACUGGGUAUUUUAAAGAACUUGAGAAGAGAAUCUCUCUGUUUCAAGUCACAGCUUUACUUCUCUCAUUUUAUGUUUGGUCUCUUUUGUUUGAAUAGUGCAGACUGGCCAGUGUUUCAUGCUUUUCAGUGGUGAAUGCUUUCCAUUAUCCUCUCUUCCAGCCCUCUUUAGCAUGCUGAAAGGGACAAAUGUCUGUUGGGAGGCUUUUGUGUCCAAGGACCAGCUCGCCUGUUUGUAGCUUUACUUCAUGGAGACACCUUCACACAGGGGUAGCAGCUCGAGUUCUGCCAGGAUGUCAGUGUGCCUAAGUAGGAAUUGGGCAUUUUUCCAAGUGGAGUGAAAGCUCAUGGUUUCAGUUUUAAGAAUAAAACCUGAAUGAUUGCAUUUUUUGCGAGGAGAGGCCCAGUCUGUGAGCCACAUGCCUUCAAGACUGGAAUUGAUUCCUUUAUGCUUUCCAUGAGUCAAAUACUCUGUUGCUAUGUGUUUGUUCUUGGUAAUGCUGGGCUUUCCUACUACAUGAACCAAAUUAAGAAUAAUAGAAAAUAAUCAUGUAUCCAAUAAAGUACCUUUAGGUAGAGAUUACUUAUGAAGUGCUCUUUAGGGGGUACCAACAUGGGAAACUGUGCCUUUAAGCCUCCCUUCACUCAAAUAGGAAUGAUGCUGGCUCUCUGCCUUAGCAGGCUUUUUGGGCAUGGGCUCUGCUAAAUUGAAUGAGAGCUUAUGUGCAAUUGCUUUAGACCUACACAUCUACACUGAGCUCUGGGUGAGAGCUGACAAUGCUAUAUCCAUGACACUUUAUGGAGGAGUAACCCUACCAUUUCCUAGAGCUUUGAUUAUUGUUUUUACUGUCAUGUGUGGUUUCCAAAGUCCCCAAGUAAAAUUUCCCUUUAUUUUAGAUGUAGGGCCAAAGAACCGUCUGUGUAUUCAUCCCACCUAAUUUUCCUCAUCUUUCCUGAGAACUCUCUGGUUUAGGCUGUUUUACUCACCAACAGCUUUGCUUCAGAGUUUUAUUCUCUAGUGAAAGAACUCUACCGCUUUCUCAACUGUGAUUAAAAUAUUGUAUCUUUGUCUUGUAAGGAGGAAGUCACUGAAGUCACCUGUGUUCUCCCAGGAUGUAGGUGCCAUUAUGCAUGCCCUGAUGAAUUUAAGAGGAGAAUUUACCUCUUGCUUCUCCUUCUGUCCAGGCAGCCUCUCUGUUGAUGCUACCUGCUCCCCAAACAUGGCCCCAUGUUCAGCUGCCUUCUUAGAGAGUCUGUCAUGUUUGCAGAUUUAUGUGGUUAGUACAAGUUUGUGCUCAUCUUCUCAGACAGUUCGAGCUGAUGCAUUGCACUCCAGACUAUCUCAUCUUUGUUCAGCCAAAUUUAUAAUAAUGGAGGUAACUUUGUAAGAACAGACAGUGUGCCAGAGACAUCAGUGUCAGGCUGGCCUGCCAGGGCAUCUAAAUGGUGUCUGUCACCACAUGCAGGCUCUCAGACUGAGCAAGCACUUCCAUUCUUUUCCUCCUGUUCUAGGGAUUUGAAUUUGGUUUCCAGCCCUUUCAGACAGAUUUUGUGACCCCUUUUCUCUAAAGCAUUUGUGUUUGAAAGAUUCACCACAUUUUAACAAUUGACUUUUCUGGGCUUGUGAAGUUCCAAACUUGCAGUGUCACAUGAAGUGUGGUACAAUGGAAGAGCAAUUCUACAGUAUCCUUGAGAAAAAUGGUAAAUGUUCAAGAUAUUCAAGAAUGAUGUGAUUGGCACUCCAGAUUAACUUCUCUUUCCAAGGGAAGAGUUAAACUGCUUUGUGAGCUCUGUUCACUCUGGCAAUGGCACUUCAUUGGCUUCUUUCUCCAGCAGCACAGUGGAGCCUUUUGUAAUGCCCUCAAUGGCCAUACUUGUAAACUGGUUUCUUCCUGAAGUGUUUUUCUACUGUGGUUGUUGCUUUUUCUGGAUUGUUUUUGGUUUGUUUUUUUGUUGUUUUUUUUUUUUUAAUGGAACUUACAGUAAUGCUUCUUUCAAGUAAACCUCACAAAACUACAGAUAAUAACUGAAAACUUGCUAGGAAAGAUGCUGUUCCAACAUUUCUUUGGUGGGAUAUGGUACAGCCUUGUAUCAAAGUAGGUUUGAUUCCAGAAUUGUUGAGUACUGAACGAAAUCUCUGAAUAGUGGCUAAGAAAUUAGUAAAGACUGAGAUGUCUGUCUGA